AUGUUCAAUGAAAACAGCACAGAUAACCAAGGGGUUGUGAACAAAUGGUGUAUGCCCAAACGGGAUUAUAGUAGUAGUGAUACCCCCGGGGGAUUAUACAAAUGGGGAGAAGAUGAUCAGGAAGACCGUAGCAAAUUGAUGCAAAAUACGUUGCACCUAUUUGACCAUAUAAAAAAUGACAAAUAUAUUUUUUCAAAAAUUAUCACAAAUGUAAUUACCUUUUUGAACAUAUUAAAAGAAGAAAAAAAAUAUUAUGAGUUCCUUUUUUCCUACAACACAUUUGUUAAAAAAUAUGGACCCCUAACAGAAUACACAGCUUUUAAAAAAGUUAUAGAAAGGAUUAAUGAGGUAGACAUUAUUGAAGUGUGUAUCUCCUUCAAUUUCAGUAAUGACGAUAUUUUCCAAACUUUGCUGUCUUCCUACCUGGAGUUGCAUUUGAAUGAAGCGAACAACAUUUACAACGUCCUGCUCGAAUUGACAAACGUCGUGAUAGAUGGCUAUGCCAUUUGGGAGGAACAAAAUGGGGGGGACAUGCACUUUGUGGACAUAUUAAUUUCCCAGUCUGAAUUGAAAUAUAUUUCGAGGGAGCAAAUAAACAAAUGGUUUAGCUAUGUUAAACAGAAGGAGGAUAAUUAUUCCCAUGUGCUUUUCUCCUUAAUCGACUUUUGCUUGAGCUUAAUUAACCAUGUGCAUGCUUCGUUGGCGGAGGGUGCAGUUGCCUGUGCUGCGUAUACCCAGUAUGUGAACCAGUUGGUCAUUCUGAGGAGGAGUCCGUCCCCCUCUGGGGAGGCCCACCACAAAAAGCACGCAGAGACACAAGGUGAAAAAUUGAAAACCGAUGAGUGUGCUGAAGAAGUACGAAAGGAAAACGCGCAGCUCGGUUUAUGUUCUCGAAAUGAUGUACCCCCCGAAAGUGAUAGCAAAAAAGAGAGGACAACCGAAUUAACAACAUAUGUGAAGGACACACCUGGACAUAUAUACAUUUGCACCUUUGGAGACAAAAUUGUGUGCAUGAAAAAUGGAGACUACCUAGAGGAACACUCUAAUGAUAUGACAACGAAUGAGGAUAGGAGCAAAUUUGUCUACGAAGUUAAAUCGCGCAGCGCCAAUUUGUACAUAUUAAAAAUUCUUGUGUGCACCAUUUUGAAGGCGAUGAAAGUAGCACACCACAUGAAUCAAGAAUUAUUGAAAAAAUUGUUCUCCUUUUUUAACAAUGUCCUAAGUGACAUUAUAAAGUGCCUUUACCAGAAGAAGGACCUCCUCUUUCUUAACCUGUUCUUCACAGAUAUAUUAAAGACCAUGCACGUGUUGAUCUCCUUUUACAACGAGAAUAUUGAGCAGACACCCAAACGAACUAUGCUCUUUUAUAAAUGCUUCAAUAAAGUUAUUGACCAGAUUUGUAUAUACCUUCAUAAUAAGACCUUUUUCAACGAGAUGCUCCUCGGGAGGGGGGAAGGAACUACCCACGUGGGGAAGUGCCUCAAGAAGUAUGCUCACAAUUUUAAGGAAACCUGCUACAUGUUGUUCUGCUUGUUCUACGCCAUUCUGGAGAAAAUCAAUCGAGUGAAUAAUGAGAUUUUUUUGUUUUUCUGUUGCGUCUUUGAUGGAGAUGAACAAGGGGUUCUAGAACCCAUCGGAGUAGUAAACCAGUCAGCUGGCGAAUCCACAGAACCACCUACCGUAACGUCGCUCUACCGGACGCUCUGUCUGAACAGGGAGUUCUUGCAUAAGUGCAGGAAGGACCUCCCAGGGAAGAGCAUCAACCGAAUCAUCAACAUUUUUAUAUUCUUGGAGAAGAAAAUUAAUAAGUACUUUUUUUUUUUCAAGUACAUUUUUGGCUAUGUGUGGGAUAGGUUCUGUGACGGGGCGAUGAAUGCUAACAGUCGGACCAGUCGUCUUCACCGACCUGAGCGGAACGACUGGCGCAGGGGACGUGGUCGCUGGCCGCCACGCAAACCGCCAAACAAGUUGCAAACCGUGAUGAAAAGAAUAAAGUACGUCUUGUUAGACAUGUUUACCAAGUACACAAAAUUGCUCAUGGUGUAUAGAUACCAAUUUUCUAGAUGCACAGUUGGGGGGAAGGAAAAAGAACCCUUCAGGGAUGAGUUCCUUAUGUAUAUGAAGUCCAUCGAGUGGGUUCUAUUUUCUAUCUUUAUGUACUCCCCCAAUGGUGUUCUAACUAAGCUGAACGCCUAUGCGACGGAGAGGGGUAAAUUGGGCAAGUUGGCCCAUGGGGGCAGGAGUCAGUUUUCGGCCUUCAACCGGGGGCUGUACUGUUUUGGCGAAGGGCAGUGGAGUAUGCCGAGCGAUUCAUCUAGUGGCACAUCUACUGGAACGUCUACUGGCACGUCAAGGAGGGUGAAGAGGUUCUCCUCCCGCCAAGAGGCCAGCCCUGAUAGAAGUGCUAGUGGGAGUGAUUCAUCUUCUGGUAGUGGCUGCCAGGGGGAGGAUUCCCAGACGGUGGGCGAAUCGGAGGCGUUGAGUGACGACUUGGGGACAGACCCCUGCGACCUCAUCGUGCUGAACGUGUUGGGAAUAAUUUACGCAAUCAUAAUGGAGGAGCUGACUAGCCAGCGGUACAGAUAUGUUUAUUUUAAGCGCUGCCUGGUGCAUGCAGAAUUUGUGAAGAAAUUGCGGGUCGUUUUGUUGGGAAGUGGAAGGGGCGAUCUGGUCGGCAAGAAGGAGGAGCAUCCCCUGGGUAGGGACGGACCGAAUGGCGUGAAUAUGCAACCUGAAGGGAUGGAAACAGAUGUGGACGUGGAUGUAGGCGGGGAAGUGAACGUAGAGAGGGAGCACCUCGCGUGCUACUUCGACUUUCCAUACGAACUGCUAUGCGUCAUAAUCAUUCAGCAGUUAAAGUGCUUUUCAAAUGACACGCUGAAAUGCUACACAAUAUGUACGGCCGUCGUGGAGUUCCUUUUUUAUAUCAGCUCAUCCAAGAACCCCUACUUCUUUACCAUCUCGAGAAGGUUAUGGAGACUAUUGGGGCGUCAAAUAAACGAGAAGGAGGAGACACUGGCGUUGAAGAUGCUCACGAAGAUAUUCUUUCACGUGUUGUCUGGAAGGAGCAAAGAAGACACCCUUCUGCGAAGCAGGAACGAACGGAUGUUUACACAAAGCAUUUGCAACAAUGACCAGCAGUACUUGUUACUUUCCUUUUUGAGGAAGCAAUUUUUUGUAAAUGACGUUGGGAAAAAUUAUUUUUUUUUUUUUGGAACUCUUCUGAGGGGUAUACAAUCUGAGGAGCUGGCCCUGGGGGUGAUGCAGUUUUUUUUGGGUACCUUCCAUGUGCACCUGCAGUAUACAUUGAACGUGUUGUUGCGGUUUUUGAAUUUGUACGAGCGGGGCGUGGAGGCUGCAGCGCGUGAAGCGUCCGGUGAAGUGGAAAACGGUCAAGUGGAUGAUGGUGGAGCGGCUAGCACGAGCGAACCGAUCGAGGAAGACAACAUUAUUUCGCUCUUUGUCUACUUCGACCUGGUGAAUAUUUUUCCACCCAACUUUCUAAGCAUAGUGGGUGACCUAAACCUGACGCGGGAGGUACAAAAAACCAUCCUCUUUUUUACCUACGUGUAUGAUGAGUACAGGUUACUCGAACAGAGAGAGGAGGAGAACAAGCAUAUCCUCAUGGUGAGGAGGAUCAAGCAGAGUGGCAUGCAGUACUACCAUAGCAGCGCAAAGAUAUACUUCCCCCUGGUUAUAUCUUCUCUCAUUUCUCAUUACUUAUAUUUCCUCCUUAAGGAUAGCACGUCUAGAAUUCCUGAUCGAAUAAUUUGCAGUUUUUACGAGAAUUUUUUUAGCAACCGAUAUUUGUAUACCUUAUGCAGUAACCACGUGUACAUGCGGGUGUUGAGCGAUUCGUUCGUCAUUUUGCAGCGUCUUCGAGGGAGCGUAGCGACCGGGGGGGAAGUGUCGACGGAUCGCCAGUGGGGUGUCGUUAAUUGUCCCGAGGAGGAUAACCACAAGAGUGAUCAAGUGAACGAGCGUGACCCGGAGAAAUACACAAAGGAGGAUCUCACUAUAGAGGAAAAGGACACAAGUAGUGAUCAAACCAGGGGGGACUGCUCCAACCAGUUGGGUAACCUUACGUCGUGCCUCUUCCAAGUGUACGAACACUUCCUGGAAGAGUAUGCCACCCUGUUCCACGCAGCCAUUGUGACGAUGAUAAAGCAUAAUAUCCUGUGGCGUGGGGAGAGAGGAACGGAACACCCGAACGGGUCCUCCACAGGAACCAGGUUAAACCAGGUUAGCACGCCACGCAGGUUAAGCGACGGUUGUACCCUGAAACGGCUGGGUGAUCCCACCAUACAGAGCGACUUUGCCACGCUGGACGAAUCGACCUUCUGCCAGCAGAUGUACUUGGAUUUGAACAGGGAGGGCAAGUACACCCCUGCGUUUGCCCAUUUGAUGCGUUCCCUUUUGGACGUUUUUUUUUGUAAAGCGGGCAUUAUAUCACGAGAAAGUUACAGGCAGGUGUUAGCGAAGGAGUUGGUCCCCCUGGCGGUACUGCAGACGGAAGAUAAGGUAGAUUUAGUGCAAACACGGAGAAAUAAAUUUCUUAUAACCUUUUUUAGAAAUACCUUUUACGUACACAGUUGCACAGGGGAUUACAUCAAGGAUAGUCUUUCCAAACUUGGGGGACAACCCCCGUUUGGGAAGCACCGAGUCUGUCGUAAGGACUUGGAAGAGUUGGCAAGAUUGGUUUUCUGCGUGGGGGACUGGGUCGAUAUUUGA